GAAAGGAAAGCAGUCCACGGCAGUUUCCCCGUGUGCGGCUAGGUGUGAAAAUCAACAAUUUCCCCCUUUUUUGAUGACGUUAAAUGUUCAGGAACACAGUUUCGGAAAGCAAACGUCAGUGGGAUCGGCGAAGGUGAGAUUAGCACGGAGGAAACAAAAAAGAACAGCUAUUUCGUGAAAAGGAGAGAGGAAAUAGCGGUAAAGAUAAUGAACAGGAUGUCUUGCUGGCUGCUGCUCCUGUCCUUCUCACUUGGGGUAUUGUCAGUGCCCAUUGACCACAACGCCACACCCCAGGGAAAUGUGGCUCCACAGGAAGACAAACAGGAAGAGAGUCUGGACACAGGUCUGUACUAUGACAGGUACUUGAGGGAGGUGAUCGAGGUGCUGGAGACAGACCCCCACUUCAGAGAGAAACUACAGACUGCUAACACUGAGGACAUCAAGAAUGGUAGGCUCAGUAAGGAGCUGGACCUGGUGGGUCACCAUGUUAGGACCCGUCUGGAUGAGUUGAAGCGGCAGGAGGUGUCCAGGCUCAGGAUGCUGCUGAAGGCCAAGCUGGACAGUACCGACACACACAAUAUGCAGAUAGAUCAUGCAGCGCUGCUGAAGCAGUUUGAACACCUGGACCCCCACAACCAGAACACAUUUGAGGCCAAAGACUUAGAGCUUCUCAUCUCUACGGCAACCAAAGAUCUAGAGAGCUAUGAUGCAGAGCGGCACGAGGAGUUCAAGCGCUACGAGAUGCUGAAGGAGCAUGAGAGGCGGGAGUACCUGAAGAGCCUGGACCAGGAGGAGAGGGAGAGGGAGGAGAAGAGGCUGGAGGAGCUGAAGGAGAAGCACAGACAGCACCCCAAAGUCAAUGCUCCGGGCAGUGUGGCUCAGCUUCGGGAGGUGUGGGAAGAGACUGACGGUCUGGACCCUCAAGAGUUCAACCCAAAAACAUUCUUCAAACUUCAUGAUACCAAUGGUGAUGGAGUUCUAGAUGAGCAGGAGUUGGAGGCUCUGUUCACUAAAGAGCUGGAGAAGGUGUAUGAUCCACAGAACGAAGAGGAUGAUAUGGUGGAGAUGGAGGAAGAAAGGCUGAGGAUGAGAGAACAUGUCAUGAAGAAUGUGGAUACCAAUCAUGAUCGCCUCGUCAGCUUGGAAGAGUUCCUGAAAUCAACAGAAAAGAAAGAGUUUAACAAUCCUAAAGAAUGGGAGACACUGGAUGACACAAAGCCUGUGUACUCGGAGGAAGAGCUCCAGAAGUUCGAGGAGGAGCUCCGUGAAAAAGAGGUGGAGCUGGGUAAGAGGGCAGCAUCUCUGCAGCAUGAACAGGAGCUGCUGAAGGAGAGGGGCAAGGCCCUGGAGGCACAGAAGAAAGAGUACCAGCAGGCAGUAAUGGAGAUGUCUCAGAAGCAGAAAGACCUGCAGGUAGUGGAAGGACAGCCUCUGGCAGGUCCUAAUGAAGAGUUGCAAUUUCACAAAGAGAUGAAGAAACUAGAAGAAGGUGAAAGAGGUUCAAAGGUACCUGUUCCUCAGGGUAUGGCAGGGGAGACCCAGAACAUCCACCCUGUGGAACCCCCUCAGAAUCUUCCCCUGCACACCCCUUAACACAUCACAGUGCUCUGCACCUCCAAGCACACCCAGCUGUACUCCGUUUCCAUUGUGUGCACCUUCCUCCUCCUCCUAAACAAGUGGGAAAAUGGUAUGUCAUUUGACUCUGGCUGCUUGGUGUGGCCUUAUGCAGCAUUGCAGGCACAGUGAGGAAGGCUGUGAUUUGCAUGAUUUUCAACCAGUUACAAGGCUUGGAUCAGGGGCUCCCAAGUGGCUCAGACAAAUGCAGGCUAAGUCCUACGGCACAGAUUCUGAACAGGCGGUGUCAUUUUCUGACAGCCUACAUCAGUGGAUUAAAUUGGUUUGCUUUUCUCUGGGGAUAGGGAUGGGUAGGUCGGCUGGGGUCUCCACUCCACUCAUGACAUCCUGGGACUGAGAUAGCAUCAGGAAGGAUGUGCAUAUCCUCCAUUGACAUUUGCCUCCUGAUGAACCAUUGUACUCACCAUUUGAAAAAUGGCCCCAGUAGGUGUGUUGGGGUAUCAGAGGAUUGCACACUCCUUGCCCUGCACUCCUAAGUGGGUUCACUGGUUAUCAUUUCAGUGGUGAUGAGCUUAAAUGCAUAAUUGACAAUUACUAAAGUUGUAUGAAAAAGAGGGAAAGAAGAAGUCAUGGAGGGGGAGAACUGAGAUGAUGCUGUUCCUUCCCGGUUCCCUGUCAUAAUCGUACUGUUAAAAGCAGUUGUGACAUGUUUGAACUGUAAUUCAGACCAGGUAGACUCUGAAAGUGAAUACAGUGAAGUACAUACACAUUCACACACAGCAGCUGCAUGACUUGUCUACAACCUCCCUAAACAUAGUCAUGUCACAUCCUUCCUCACCUCACUUCUGUUAUAACUCGCAUCAAGUUCAAAAUCUUGGUGCUAGCAUACAGGACUGUGAAUUGGACAGCCUCUUCAUACCUACAAGCAAACUAUAUGUAUCGCCCAGAUCACUAAGCUUUGCAACCAUGGGGCAACUGACUGUUCCAUCCUGACAGGGUUGUUCUUCUCAGAUAUGAUGUGUGUCUGUACUGGUCCCCCAGUAGUAGAAUGAACU